AUGUGGCGGAGCUGCGUUUCCCGAGGCCUCGGAACCCUCUCCGCGAGGAGGAGCGCGUCGAUUGGAGGGAAUCGAACCCUCCAUUCGUCUCCGAAUUCGAGAUCGUUCUCGACGAGCCCGUCGUCGUACACCAUUGUGGAUCACAUUUAUGAUGCAGUUGUCGUAGGGGCCGGAGGGGCAGGGCUAAGAGCGGCAAUCGGACUAUCAGAACACGGUUUUAACACUGCUUGCAUUACCAAGUUGUUCCCUACGCGCUCGCAUACAGUCGCUGCGCAGGGUGGCAUAAAUGCUGCAUUGGGAAAUAUGAGUGAAGAUGACUGGAGGUGGCAUAUGUAUGAUACAGUCAAAGGAAGUGAUUGGUUAGGUGAUCAGGAUGCUAUUCAGUAUAUGUGCCGAGAAGCCCCAAAAGCAGUUGUAGAGCUUGAAAAUUAUGGAUUACCAUUCUCUCGGACUGAAGAUGGAAAAAUCUACCAGCGUGCUUUUGGAGGCCAAAGUUUAAAUUUUGGAAAAGGUGGUCAGGCCUACCGUUGUGCAUGUGCUGCCGAUCGUACCGGCCAUGCUUUGCUACAUACACUAUAUGGCCAAUCCAUGAAACAUAACACUCAGUUCUUUGUUGAGUACUUUGCAUUGGACCUUCUUAUGGAUCGCAAUGGCACCUGCCAGGGCGUGAUUGCAUUAAACAUGGAGGACGGGACUCUUCAUCGUUUCCGUGCUGCCAAUACCAUUCUGGCCACCGGGGGUUAUGGGAGAGCAUACUUCUCUGCAACCUCAGCUCAUACAUGUACUGGAGAUGGCAAUUCCAUGGUUGCACGUGCUGGGUUACCUCUUGAGGAUCUUGAGUUUGUACAAUUCCAUCCUACUGGCAUUUAUGGUGCUGGAUGCCUAAUUACAGAAGGAUCUCGUGGUGAAGGUGGUAUUCUUAGGAACAGUGAAGGUGAACGUUUCAUGGAGCGAUAUGCUCCAAGUGCCAAGGAUCUUGCAUCACGUGAUGUUGUUUCAAGGUCUAUGACAAUGGAAAUUCGGGAAGGACGUGGUGUGGGUCCACUGAAGGAUCACAUCUAUCUGCACCUCAAUCAUUUGCCUCCUGAAGUUCUCAAGGAAAGACUUCCUGGUAUAUCUGAAACUGCUGCGAUUUUUGCUGGAGUUGAUGUCACCAAAGAGCCAAUUCCUGUUUUGCCUACUGUACAUUACAAUAUGGGUGGAAUUCCCACUAACUACCAUGGGGAGGUUGUUCAUAUUAAAGGUGAUGAUCCAGAUGCUGUAGUUCCGGGCCUGAUGGCUGCUGGUGAGGCGGCUUGUGCUUCUGUUCAUGGUGCAAACCGGCUGGGUGCAAAUUCCCUUCUUGACAUAGUUGUUUUCGGCAGAGCUUGUGCAAACAGAGUUGCUGAGAUUUGCAAGCCAGGAGAGAAACAGAAACCUCUUGAAAAGGAUGCUGGUGAGAAGACCAUCGCCUGGUUGGAUAAGUUAAGGAAUGCAAAUGGUUCCCUCCCAACUUCAAAGAUCCGCCUUAAUAUGCAACGUGUAAUGCAAAAUAAUGCUGCUGUCUUUCGAACACAGGAAACGUUAGAAGAAGGCUGUCAGCUGAUUGACAAGGCAUGGGAAAGUUUUCAUGAUGUGAAGAUUCGUGAUCGGAGUCUUAUAUGGAAUUCAGACUUAAUAGAGACUAUAGAGCUGGAAAAUCUAUUGAUUAAUGCGUGCAUCACUAUGCAUUCAGCUGAGGCAAGGAAGGAAAGCAGGGGAGCUCAUGCUCGUGAAGAUUUUCCGAAAAGGGAUGAUGAAAACUGGAUGAAACACACGCUAGGGUACUGGGAUAAUGGGAAGGUUAAAUUAGCAUAUAGGCCUGUCCAUAUGAAUACCUUGGAUGAUGAAGUUGAGCCAUUCCCACCGAAAGCGCGUGUUUAUUGAAUUGUGUUUCUAUUGCCCAGCUUGGAUUUUGAUGGCAGCACAAUACUUGAGUGUUUGUGGGUUUCAAAUAAAGAAGUGGGGACGCAACAUUCUCUGUGAAGGGAAAUCGUAUUUCUAAUAUCAGUUCGAAAUGCUGAUACCUAUGCUGUAUAAAUUGUUUCACGGAGAAUGUUGAUUUUCAUUGCUAAUUAUCAAAAUGCUUUAUCAUCUAGAAAAUAAAAACAAGUCGUACUAUUCUCUUUUUUUC